AUGAGGACCGGUUGGUACCGAGUCAACAUCGCUGGAGGUGGGGGUGUUGAUGAUGAUGAUGGUGGUGGUGGUGGUGGUGGUAGAUGUCGGGACGUCGGAUGUCGUCCCAUCGGCGACGGAAGUGCGAGGUAUCGUUGUGUUGGCGGAGCUGGUUGCCGUGGUUGGGGUAGGGGUUGGGGUAGGGCAGGUUAUGUCGGCGAUCGAUGGUGGCGCUCCAUCGGCAGUCUGAUCACCAAUGACGAGGGUGAUCGUCGUCGCCACGGGGUUUGCGACAACGGUGAUAGUAGGGGUUGUUCGUCGGAAGAGAAGUUGACGUUGUCAGGUUGUUGGCAGUGGGUAGGUUUGGAAAGCCUGGCUGCUGGCAUUGAGAAGCCAAGGCGCUUGUGACUUGCAAGCCUCCCUUUUGGCUUUGACAACGGUUAUCCGGUUAGCUUCGCAGGUGGCUGUGCCAGUCUUCACUUAUCUUCUUCAGGCCGGUCUUUUCUGGGUGAGGUCCUCCCAGAUCUCGCGUUAAACUGCAGUCGUUUCAGAGAGUACUUCAGUGCCCUUACAGCGUCGUUUUGUCCUUGUCGACAAGUACCAGUACUGACAUAUCAGUAGGAGAGUUGUUUCGGUAGACGUGUAGUUUCUGUCCUCACGAGAUGGCCGUUCCAGCAUAGCUGCAGUUGCCUCAGUCUGGCGUGAAUUCUAAAGAUUUCUUUCCGUUCUGCGACGUCCGUGUCAGGGAUCCUGUCUAGCCAUCUCAGCUUUAGAAUUCUGCGGAGGUAACUGAGGCGGAAGAAUUUGAGCUUCCUGGUAUUGCUGAGGUAGAAAGUUCAGCUUUCCGAUCCAUAGAGAAGUAUCUUCAGGUUGACGGCCUUGUACAUCUCAUAAGGAUUAUAGUUAUAAUAAUAAUAGUAAUAUAGGCAGAAUGAUAUUACCGACAAAGACAAGGGAGACUGGAAUGGCCAUUUCUGGCUUAUUAGCCGUCGUCAGCCAGCCAUACCCAAGCCCGAAGUGUGGAACACCCGAGCCUCGUACUCGCGACCUGUUGGUUUAGAAGUCAACGCCUUUACUCACCGGGCCACGGGCCCGUUGCCCUGGCCGCCCACACCUACAAAAUCGGUCACGAGUUUAACUUCAUAGCCACCAAAGUAGUCGAGAAUCGCUUGAAGCCUGGGCCUCAGGUGAGAACACGGUCGAUCGAUUUAUCGAUCUGGCGCCGGCGUACAGAGCCAUGCGUAGUCACCUGCAGUCUUGCGCCGUCGGUCGAUGAUUGGUCUACAUGCCUUAUAACUGUCGCUUGUUCUGUUACUGCCACUACCUCUGACGAUGGAUUCCUGUACGAGUCUGAAAGGUCAGGACAAUAAACAAAUUAUUCCGAUGCUCGGCUCUUCUUCUUCUUCACUUAUGCAUGCACCUGGAACUCGAAAUUUCGCCUUCAUUCGUGAAUAAUAAUUGUAUUUAAUGCCAGUGAACAGGCACUGUCAGGGAAAGACUGAGCAAAAAUCUGGUUAGCAGGAAUAAAAUACUUCGGACAGUUAAAUAGAGAGGAUGGCGUUUUGUAUAGUUUGGAGGGUUCAGGAGAGAAACACUGCUGCCCAUGAAAUGACCACAAUGGAGAUAGGGAUGGAUGGCACUGCUUUGGAUGUUUUCAGUCGUCAUUCCUUUUUACGAAGUUGGGACUGGACCAAACGGAAGCUCUGAAGAAGAGUUGUCGCUGAUUGUUAAAGAAAUUUUCCUUGGUGGGACAGGCCAUAGGGAUCAGGGACCACGAACGCCAUCGCUACGGUACAUUCGACCGGAGGAUUCAGUACCCAAAAUGUGUGGGAGUCGUUCUGGAUGCAAAAAGCGAUUAAUAGUUCUCUUAAACAAAGGAUAAUUCUGCAGAGUUUUCACAUUCCUGGGUAAUUUAUUGUAAAUAGCAAUUGUGUUCACAGAAAAGAACCAACGAUGUUUAACGGUACGUGCCAGAAGUAGAAUUAAAAAGACCUCGCGGUGACUGUUACGUCGGGGGUGGACAAGAUGUUCUAAAGUAGUGAGUAGGAUAAAGGUUCGAUUAUAUUGAAGCGUAGGUAGUAAAAUAGUCCCUUUUGUUAUCUACGAAAAGCUAAAAGCCUAGACGUGACGGACAGCAGUUUAUCUCACGCAUGUCCGGUCGGAUUUUGCAUUAAAUCCCAUGAACUGGACAGACGCCUGUAUACCGGAGUCAUUCAUCCCUAAUUGAGAUUUUUGUUUACUUAUUGUCAAAGUCUCAUUUCAAAGAUGGGCGAACUUAAAACGCUUAUUUCAGAACGAAACCCCGACGUCAUAGUCAUAACGGAAACAUGGCUCAAAGCCGAAAUCAAAGAUACCGAGAUUUAGAUACGGGGUUACCAGCUCUUUCGCAGAGACCGUCAAAAUACUCAGGGCGGUUGAGUAGUCGUAUACACAAGGAGAGGAAUUUCGGCAGUUGAAAGAGCCCACAUCCCCUCCCUUAAAUAUGCAUCGGUCUGGAGGAAGAUGAGGAAGAGUUACGUACAAAACCUAGAAUUCCUGACGGUUUACAGACCAUCCAACCCACCGAGCGAGGCUAGCGAUUCGCUAAUCCAUUUGGUCAAGUAAUUAGCAAGACACCAAUCGGUUCUUAACGCUGGGGAUUUCAAUACACCUGAAAUAUAGUGGGAAAUUAUGGCAGAGGACGGCCAUAAGUAAGUGGACCUCACGCUCGGCCUCCAUCUGGCACAGCACGCACAUACCCUAACGAAAUGUAUUCCAGUGAAACAUCGGAAAUAAUAAUCAUACUACACUACUGUGGGAUAACUCGCUCUUUUCUGAAUGCCAGAAGAGAGCAGAUGGCCAACCUAAUAUAUGAAAGGCAGAUUUUAACAUGAUGAAAAACAAAUCGAUACCCGUGGAUCGGAACUCUUUACUCAAGGGAGAUCCGUAGGACGACUGGAAAUCGCUUAAGACUGUUUCACUUGAUCUGAUCCGCCGCUGUUGUCCAGUGAAUUUACAAAAGUGACUAGUUGACCUGCCUGGUUACCAGGGGAUCUGAAUAAAUAGUUAAAGGCAAAAAGAAAAAGAUAAAAAGUCGUCAGAGAAACUGAGUUGCCAGGACAUCUCAGGGAGUUUUGUCGUCAACGAAGUACGGUCAAAAAUGCAUGCGUCAGGCGAGGAGGGACUGUGAAUCCAGAAUUAUCUGACAGGCUGAACAAAAGCCUAAAUUCCAUUCCACUAUGUUAACAGUCGACUGAAAAACAAGGACCCAGUGCCAGUACUGAAAGCUGAUAAUGGUAGGGAAAUCGUUGAAAACUGCAAGGAAUUCAAAUACCUGGAAUGGUGCUUUGCGUUAGUAUUCGCAGGGAAAGGGAGUUUCAGAAACACAAUGUCAACAUUGCUAUUGUGACUGCUGGUUUUGUGCUUGAAUGCACAAUCAUCUCGACAUCUGUCAUAGAGAGGGAGUUAUAGAAUCUCCACAAUGUAAAGCCUUCGGAUCCGAGCAAUAUAUGGACCAAUUUCUUGAGGGAAUUGGCAAACAAACCCACCAUACCACUAGCGCACAUCUUCCAUUUUUCGCUCGAAUUAAGGCAGUUGUUAUCCGAAUGGGGACAGCAAAUAUCCACCCGAUAUACAAAGAGCGGUGCCAACACUUGUGCUAACAAGUACCGUCCCGUUAGCUUCAUCUGCAUCUGCUGUACAAUAAUGAGAAGAUAGAAUUAUUUUGCUAGUCCAAGCGACGCGUAUAAGUCGAAAAUCUGGUUUCGGUGUAUUUACUGUACUAUUAAUAUUAUUAAGUCAAUGACGAAAAACGUACCAAACUCAACAAUGGAUACACUGACCCAAGAAUUCUCUUGCCACUGUUCGAACAAAUCCAAUUUCCAGCUAAAGAUCGGAACAAAAAAAUCAGUUAAUUAAAUGAACACGAACCCUGCUCGAAGGGGGGUUACAAUUACAAAAUAGCCGAUGCUAAACUCUUGUCCUCCCGCAGCAAAAAACCACCCAUCUUAGUCAAAUUAUUUUCAUUAAUCGAGGUUGACACAAUCUUUGCCUAUCGAGAUCGUGUCACUGCGUACCUGGAAAAUGCAAAAUUUUUCCUUCGUCAUGAUCGUACUCCUAUGGAGCGUAGAAUUGGGUCUAUCUUCUCACGUAAACCCACUGCUUCUCAGUCUAAUGCGCACCAACUAGGUCUUUAUACAAGUGGCCUUGAGGAUUAAGAUUGUCCUACUCCUGCGACAUCUGACUCCCUCCUUCCCCUUACUCCUACAUCUCCAUCUCACGCAGGCCACUUGAAGCAUUUGCCUGCCCCUAAACUUUCUGCAGCAGCAGCAGCAGCAGCAGCAGCAGCAGCAGCAGCAGCAGCAGCAGCAGCAGCAGCAGCAGCAGCAGCAGCAGCAGCAGCAGCAGCAGCAGCAGCAGCAGCAGCAGCAGCAGCAGCAGCAGCAGCAGCAUCAGCCCCAUUUGUCGUUUCGUAUCGUCCGGAUAGUCCCGCUGGGACACAUGAAAAUCCGUUGCUAUUCCUGGUUUACAUUAACGACUGCGUCGACGACCUGGGAUGCAGCGCCAUCAUGUUUGCUGACGAUGUUAAGCUGUGGAGACCCAUCAGAUCUAAUGCAGACAGGUACGCGCUUCAAGACAGUCUCAACCGCCUAAACAGUUGGUCAGCUCGCUGGCUCCUCGAUUUUAAUGUGGACAAAUGUGUGGUCUUGAGACUCCGCACCAGACGGACCAGUAAGGAGGACGAUUCCUUUCAAUACGUCCUUGGUGGUCAGCCCCUUUAAUAUGUUGUGGAACAGAAAGACCUGGGCGUCCUAACGACCUCCUCGCUGAAACCAUCUUCACAGUGUCAAAGGGCAGCCAAAAGUGCGAUAAGGGUGUUAUUUGCGCUGCGGCAAGGAUUUGUGCAGAUCGACAAGGAGCUGUUCGGAAAAACCUAUGGGGCAUUCGUCCGGUCUCACUUAGAGUAUGCAGUCCAGGCCUGGCGACCGUGGUUAAAGAAAGAUUAUCAACGUCUGGAAAGAGUACAGGCAAUAGCUACGAAGAUGGUCAAGAAUCUUCAUCAUUUGCCUUACGAAACCAGGCUGACCGAACUAAAUCUGUUUCCUCUAAAUUACAGGCAACUGCGCGGCGAUCUCAUUCAAACCUACAGGAUUGUCAGAAGCCGUGAGUGUGCCCUAGACUUUGAUGAAUUCUCUGAAUUGGCCCGGACUGACCGACUGCGUGGUCAUCCGUUCAAACUGCAAAGGAAGCGGGCUCAUUCGGACGUCCGACGGAACGCCUUCUCUCACAGGGUCAUCGAGACAUGGAGUGGACUCCCUGAUGCCGUCGUUCUUUCUGAGAGUGUUAAAUCCUUUAAGUGCAGACUAGACGCUCACUUGUUGAGAACCUACUGUACAUACAAUAAUGAUUGUUUUAGCGGCGGCAGUUUGCGCCUAGCUCACACUUACCGCUAACUUCUAAACUUUUCGCAUUUGCUGAUGUAAUUGAUGACUUUAUAUCUGUUUAUCGAUAUGAAUAGGGAGCUCAAGGGCGAAAGUCUCAUUCCCUUAAUAAACUGACUUAAACUGACUAUCAGCAGACCGAUAACUUCCUCUGUUCAACUGGGUGCUGCAUGCUCUACAGUUAAGUCACUCGUGGCUUGGCGUCAGAACGGUGACACUCGAAUACUGAAUCAGACUCCGACCCAAAAGAAAGGCAGUGCAGUUCCAUUUAGGGGUACGUCGCCUUCUCUUAGAUCUGCCGAGUCUGUUCAGCCCAGCACGUCUACAAACCCCGCAGCUCCAAUUAUAUCCCCGAAUAAUUCUCUGUCCUGCUUACCGGUUACUUAUCAAAGCCCUACUAUAUAUCCAGCAAAUCAUUCAUACAUGAAUUACCCUAAGUCAUUUAUGCCCCAACCUAGUUCAGGCUUCCCACCACUUAAGGCCAAUUGCUCUCAGGUACGUCAGCCUACCUCGUUUGGCGUCCAACCUAGACCUGAUUUCCCACCCUUUUAUUCUAAUAGCUGCCUACCCUCCCCCACUAGCCUCUACUUUCCUUCUAGGCUCCCUCCUGCUCCCCCUCCUCUACAAUUUAACUACCAACAAGUCUAUCCAUGUUCUAACUCCCCUAGCAUUUCAAUGAUCGACACCUAUAUCCCCACAUCCUUUAGGUCUCAUACUCAGCCUUCUCUUGCUGACUCCCCGCACGUCAAUAACUAUAGACUACCAGGUACUUAUUCUUCAAGUGUCAUGAAUUCACCGCUUACAUAUCCGCCUCCAAAAUUUUUUAAAUACCGUCGACAAUAGCAUUGCCGUUCGAAGCACAUUAGACAUUAUAUUAUUGAAUGCCGGGUCUGUUAUAAACAGGAUGACCUAAAUCACAGCCACUGCUCUCGAAAUGACGCCUGAUAUUAUGCGUAACAGAAUCUGAGACCCAUUCCUAAUUCCUGACUCUGCCUUUCUCAUAGAUGACUUCGAUUUUGCCGUCAAGACCGCACGACUAGGCGUGGGGGCGGUUGUCUUCUUUAUCUUAAAUCCUACCUAAAGCACUCUCCCUAUUACUUGGAUGUUGCCUCAUUCACGGGAAACUUCUGCUUUGCAUCUGUUAUUCUCUCGCCGCAAAGAAAGGCAAUUAUUGGCUGUAUCUACAAUCCCCUAAAUUGUUUAUCCAGUGAUGAUUCACAACUCUGUGAAAUGUGUAAAUUAAUUUCGGAAGCUGCUUUCGACGUUAAAAUAAUCACUGGGGAUUUUAACCUUCCUGAAAUAGACUGGGUUUCCAAUAGCUGUCCACCUAGAUUCCAGCCCUUUCAAGAUAUUGUCAAUUUUUCUAACUGGUCCCAACUGGUGUGCUCUCCAACAAGAGAUAAUCACAUUUUAGACAGUGACCACGUAUUAAUUCAUUGUUGCCUACCGCUUGCCUUUUCAAAAAAGACCAGCACCGUUCGGACUUACAUAAACCUAGAUUGCGUAGAUAACGACUUAAUAAAUAACUAUAUUAGAUCUCUGGAUUGGUGUGGCUUCCUCUCCUGUAGCGAUGCAACCAUUCUUCGUGACGUCAUGUUCAAUGUUUCCAAGGACAUCCUAGAGUUUGUGCCGUGUAGAUAUCUCAAGCCUUAUUCUUCAGAUUUCCUUGUUCCUUACUUUCAUCACAAUUCGUCUGCUUUUCUUGACAGAAAAUUACCCUAAAAUUAGAGCUCUCGGUUAUAUGACUUUGUGUUUUGCAAUUUGAGUGUCCAUCUUCACCGCUUAAACUGCGACAGAUGAAGUUCGCAGACCCGGACUCUCCAGUUUUGAUAGUAAAAAAUGUGUUUAUGUUAGUCCGGAUGUCGAACGUUUAAAUUGCCUUAAUAGGAGACUACUUUUUUGAAAGGGAUCCCUCGUCGAGGUUUGUCGUUCUUCUUUCAUUGGUGGUUUCAUAUAUUUGCACUGUUAUAAACAUAGUUUGAAGAUUUGUUUGAGAGAACCAGUGACCAAUUCGUAUAUAAAAACGUUUCAUGACGACCACGUCAGGGUGCAUUUUCGCAGAUAGAUAUGUCCAUAUGAACAACAGUCUGUCAGAUCACAGGGUGGUGUAUGGCAGUUUUGGAAAAAUGCAUCGUUACGCGAUGAAAACUGUUUGUUUGUUAGUUCUUCUCUCAUGCGGGGACUUUAAGAAACGCACGGCUCCACAACGCACCACGGAACGCCUUGGAGGACUACUUUGCCACUCCGUAACGAGGCAAAGUAAGAAGCAACACCGGUUGUAUUGACCCAUGCUGGAAAUCUCAACCAGUUAAUGUGCACUUCCCUUGUGUAUAGUUGCAAUUUCUUAUAGACAUUCAAUGUCUUUCAGGAGUGACAGGGGAUGUUCUCAUAUGGCUGUAUUUACUAUAGUAAAUAGUACUUACUUGAUUAUAGCUAAGUUACUUGAAGCAGUUACAACCUCGGUAUACCCACCUUCGCCAAACAUGUCUAUUUCAUGUAGAAUCAAAGAACUACGGCGCUCGAUACAGAAAAUGUUUAUUUAAUUAAGUAUGAAUUAACAUAAUACACGUUGGCCGUCAGAACAGCCGUCAAACCCGACUUCUCACCUGGGAUUGCUUGCAUAGGCCGACCAUCCAUCUACUGUGUGUAUUUUACUAUCUGCAUGAUGUUACAAAACGAAACGGUAUUUCGUCGUGUUCUGGUUAUGUAGUACCUAUUUCAUAUGCGUUAUAGUGUUUGUGUUAUUAUCUUAACUUGUCACAAGACUAAUCUGGUCAGAGCCCUGCAUGCUUUCACCGUGCUCCCUGGUAUUUACCUGGAGAUGUCAGAGCGGUUCGUCAUUUCCUUCGACUGACCAACAGACCCCAUUGUUGUACCGUCCAACUGCAUUUUGACGCGUUGUCAACCAUACAGACGUUGUAAUUGAUCAUGCUACCCAUAUUUUGAGUCGGGACUGCGUUGAAGGUGUUAUGCUAGUGAGCCUCUUUGUGGUUAGACAAUACUCUCCGUCUCCAGUAAGAGCGCAUUUCUGACAUACAUGCGAAUUUGAACAAUUUGACACUGGCCGCGCGCUCAUAAAACCGUGGGGUCGAAGAUACGCUCGAAGUCAGUCUUCCUCCCAUGUCUGCAGUUUGCUACGUCGGCACCACUGCCAGCCGGGCUGUGUUUGGACAAGACGUCGGUGCACUUGAUUUUACCUCCAGAUCGACACGACACAUAUUCAGACGAUCUUAGUUGACGAGUCAGAAACGCUCUGUUAAGGGCCCGUGUUCACGACCGAUUAUACAGUCAUUUGUUAGGGGGUAGUUUAAGGGUUAAAUUUGGAGGAUCGAAUGUAAAUAGUAUUGGACGCAUGCAUAUUUUAUGCACACAGGCCCUUGUGACUCGCGUACGAAUGUUGAAACACUUUACGAAUAUCGAUGUGUUCUCUAUGGGUGCAUACGCUUCAGCUGCCGACCACCUGAUCGCUGCUGCAAGUUAGUUGAAAGACUCCUUCCCGUGCUGGCCGCUUUGAACUUGUCUCCAUUUAAUAAGAGUGAGAGGAUGCUGAACUCUGCUGACCAGAACUGGGUGGUUGUUGUCAACACGUGUUUUCAAUCUCGUUGCAGGCAUCUGACCUGGCACCCAAAGGGUGGUUGCACUACCCACCAGAUUGAAUGCGCUAGUGGCUGCGUUCAUGGAAUCAGAUCGAUGCAUGAUGUCAAGACUGACGAGGACUACGAGUCAGACCUAAAAUGUGAUUCUUAAUCCUCUCCAAAAUCGUCCCAUGAGAGCUUCGUUGAUGCUGCAAAACUGCGGCAACCCAGCGCAGCCGAGGCCCUAAACCCGAAAAACCCGUUUCGUUUUAAGACCCGGAGCGAAGCUGGGGGUAGAAGCAAAUGGUCAUCAUUGAUGUCGUCAAUCUAUGUCGCAGCUGGGAAAGUUCAUGGAUUCACCCAGCGGCUCCGAAGUGACUGGAUCGUCUUUUCAGACGGCUUGAGGCACGUACUGGAAAAAUGACGGCAAAGUCGACUACAAAUGACCGCCAAAAUUGUUGGGCUAAAUUUACCACCUCAGUGAACUAGAUCUUUAAUGUUUCUAGCACUCGAAGACGCUACGAAAUUAUUUACCGAGUCAGUAAUAAGCCCGCUGCACGCAGUGGUUGUUCGCGCUUUAAAUGAAGGCUACGCUGCCGUGACCGAUCCAUCACUCUCCUCCUCAGCCGAUGCAGUGUCUUGUGGUAUCCCUUCUCAGGAAGGGUUUACCGAUAGCAGGAAUUCUGCACAACAAUAAGAUGUCCGGAGUGGACUAUAUUCCGACCCUAUGGUGUCUUCGCUAUACCAGGCGAUUGAGCAAACGUAGUAAGAUGAUGUUUUUUUCUGAACAGGAGGCAUUCAUCAGCACUUACUUCGAGGCCUUGGAUCCUUUGGAGGAACGCGAGAGAAUUAUUGAUGCUGUAGUCAGAUCCAUGAGUUAACUGCUUCAGAUGCUUGUACAACCACUUAGCUAUAUUGUAAAUAGGUUAUCCGAUGAGUGGUACAAUAAUCCUCAGUGGGGCAUCCACCUUAUGCACUUUUGGGAGACCAUACGCGCGUGCGAUAUGGGGACCGCUGACGGUCAUCAACUUGGAAUCAUCUGGACUUAUGACAUUCAGACGAGCGAGCUCAUUAACCUUUAUCUUGAUGGCAGUGGCUUGCUUUUUCUUCGGGUCUUCGGCAGGAAGAGUGUAGGACGCUACGCCACCGAAGAUUCCAUUCCUCUUGUUGACGUUGUCAAUUCUGUCCAUAAUGACAGUAGCGCCACCCUUGUCAGCGGGAACAACAACAAUAUUGCGGUCCGAUCUCAGUGAUUGUAAUCCUUGCGCUUCAUCGGCCGAUAGGGUUUGUUGGUGUUUUUUGCCGAAGGAUACCAGUGGCACAGCUGCGUAUGUCUGCGCGCCUGUCUUCUGGAAGGGAUGAGGCCCGUAGAACUAACUAGAGGCCAGCUAGGAAGUUGGUAGGCGUGGCAUCCGUAUGAUUAAAUCCUAUUCCCUUGGACAGGAGGCUGAUUUCGGUAGGUAAGAGAAUCCUCUUCGAAAGGUUGACGACUCUCAUGGUCAUAAUCCUCUCGUUCGUUUUGCAGACUUUGCCGUCUCCCUCUGUUAUCAUGGCUUGGCCGACUUCAGCCUGGUAGGUAGUUGCCUGUUCGUGACCCCUAUCGCCCAUACGAAGUUUGUUUGCUUCGGGAAGCCAAUGGAUCGGUGUGCGUCCAUUCCUGAGUGAAUAAAUACCCGAUCUGCAGCGACAGAGAAUGGCAGGUGGAGAGGCAUUGAUGAACUUCGGUUCGAUGAAGUGCUUAUGACCCAUCUGGUAGACCCACUGGUGGACCAGCUGCGCCAGGUGUGUCUGUGCGCAUGCUUGUGUUUCCGGCCCCAGCUGGUGGUCAGGGUUAUGAUUGGCUGAAUGAAGGCAAACAAUCCAGAAACAGUUCUGUAUCAAUCUACCCCCAGACUUGUCGUCUCCCCUCUGAAAGCAGACACAGCAAUAUUCUUUCUCGUACUCACUUGGUAGAAAAUCGUUUCGUCAAAUUCUGUACACAAAGGAAGGGCAUCUUCAUUUUUAGAGAGGUUUUGUAGCACUUGAAUAAUUCUGAGCCCGAUCCAUGUUGCAUUUGCGUUUAAAUUUUCCAGUCCGCGAUCUACAUGCAUUCCGUGUAAGUAAAAUCAUGCCUCCCCUUUGCCAUUAGAAGGGCUCAUAAAUGUUUGCUAUUGAUGUGGACUGUGCUGUAUACGUCACGAGGAACAUUCAUAAACAAAUAGGUACAAUGCUAUUCGAAUGAACAUUGCAUGGUCUUAUAAAAUCUCAUAGCUAGAAACUUUUCAGAGCCAAAAUAUGCCAUUCUUUUGGGUGAAUAAUUUGAAGGAGACGUGAUUUUCGACCAACUGAGUGCAAAAAUAAUAAUCUUCACGUAUUUUUUCUACUUAAGCAGUCAGUUUUAUUGAGUGCGGUUUCAGCAGAUAGUCGAAAAAUGUCAAUUCAAACGCCAUCACCCUAACGUGUCUGAAAUGUCAUGGGAUUAUGCCCUUUGAUAAUCAAUAUUACAGUCUCAAUUAAUCCUUCCUAGUCAAAAAUGCAUCUCAGGAUUUCUGUUAAGAUUUCAUGAGAUCUGUCACUGACCGUAUGCUUGAAUUUGUAAACCGGUGCGCUCCAAAUAAACUCCUGUAAUCUUCUACAGUGAGUGACCUAUCUCAUGAGAUGUUCACCAAAAUUCUGAAACGCGUCUCCAAUCGGGAAGAAUUAAUUAGGUGGGGUUGUAAUACUGAUUAUCCUCCGGCCUAAUCCUAUAAUAUUUCGGACUCGGCAGGAUAUCUGCUUUCAAAUGCACGCCUUUUCAAUCGCCCGUAGAAGUCGUGCUAGGCAAAAAAUGCCUACUUAAGUAGCAUGCAUUUUUCACAUUGAUUUUCGAUAGUCCUGUAAAUUCAAAUAUAUUUUAUGAGAAACGCUAACAAAAAUAUGCUUUCCGUCACUUGUUUGAUAGCGAACCACCUCAUCUUCAUAUUUUAUACUCGAAGACGCAGUAUAAUUAGGUUUAAAAAAGUUUCUAAUUAUGAUAUUUCUUAAGACCGUACGAUGUCUAUCUAUACAGCAUCGUACCUGUACCUUUACCGCUGCUUCUUAUGAAAUGUACAACAUGGCCCGCAUCCAUUGCAAAAUUAUAUGGACUCUAUAUGGUAUCUUUCUAAUGGCAUAGAAGAAUAUGUAAUUUUCUCUACACGGAGCGUAUGAAGCUUGUAGACUGCAAUCACUAGGCGCUAAUACAACGGCUGAUCAGGCUCUAAAUUAUUCUGGAAUUAAAAACCUUUUUAAAACCUAAUUGUACUGCGUCUUUGAGUAUAAAAUAUGAAGAUGAGGUGGUUCGCUAUCAAACAAGUGACGGAAAGCAUAUUUUUGUUAGCGUUUCUCAUAAAAUCUAUUUGAAUUUGCAGGACUAUCGAAAAUCAAUGUGAAAAAUGCAUGCUACUUAAGUAGACAUUUUUUGCCCAGCACGACUUCUACGGGCGAUUGAAAAGGCGUGCAUUUGAAAGCAGAUAUCCUGCCGAGUCCGAAAUAUUAUAGGAUUAGGCCGGAGGAUAAUCAGUAUUACACCCCCACCUAAUUAAUUCUUCCCAAUUGGAGACGCGUUUCAGAAUUUUGGUGAACAUUUAAUGAGAUAGGUCACUCACUGUAAGUCCUGGCCGGUGGACAUUUUAACUCUAUCAUACCCACAAGACUGUGAGUGUUUUAACAGCGUGUUACUUCCGCGGUUUCAGCUUAUCACGAUGUUUUCGUCUUCGACUGUUUAGGUAACCAUGACUAGAGUCCUCACCAGAAUGUUGUUCUAUCUGCCAUAUUUUACUUUCUAGCACUCUACACAUAUUUUUUAUCAUGUGUUCGAUGAAGCCUUUUCUGUCGCUAUACAAUUUAAAGGCAUGCUUUACGAAGGCUGGCAUAAUGGUCGCCAGUUUUGCCUGAAUGGCCGUGUCCUGCAGGACAUUUUGGUUGCUUAAUUGAGUGCUCAAUUGAUCUGGUGUAUGACUACUACCUGUGGCUCCAUCAGUCAGCUCUUUUCGUGGACGACGCUGGGCAGAUGGGCGUCUAGUGCGCCGCGGCGUACUAAAUAGACGACUAUUGUUUAGGAAGGAACAUCGGAGCUCACCGGCGAAAGGGGGUGAGCUACCACCUGGCAAAGUGGCACUGGAAUCCGCUGUGUCGCCUUCAAUUUCCCGAAGAAGGAAAUCCUUAGACAACUGAUAACCUUACCAACGUUGAUUCCAACUCUAGCGUCUCCCCCAACAUCCAAGUGACUGGGUCAAAUGGUAUUUUUGGUGUUCUUUUACUGCACCCGUUUUCAUUAGGUCGUAAUUCGCCAGACGUGACUGUUUACAACCCAACAGGAAAACAAGAGGUUGCCGGAGGGAAUGCUAUUUAAGUAACCACUGCUUCCCUUUACCAUCCACGAAUCAUUGACUAAGGGACUGUUGGGUUGUAGAAUACAUGGAUAGUGACCGAUGAACGGUGAGAGCAACAGUGAGACUGACCUUGUUUGCCGAGAAUAUGAGGGAAAUUGCCGUCCACUGCAAUCAUUAUUUCGUUGAUCGUGCUUAGCCAGCCUCAUCACCUACCACCUGCAUGGAAAAGGCGCGUAACGUACUCACCGCUGCCCAAUCCCGUUACCGGUGGCAAAUCAUUUGCUCCACCCAGAAGUGUUCCUGCGUCCAAGGACAUGUCUGACACGUCCGCUGGCAUAAUCCGUCUCAAAAUCUCCAACAGGCGCCUGUAAGGUAUUUGGGAUCGUACAGCCCAGGUCCACAGUUCGUCACGUACGGUUAGAUCCUCUUCAUUUGAGAAGGCCGUUGGACGUUCUUCAAAAUAACUGUGCCAUGGCACAGUCAGCGAGAUCGAUUUGUCGUCCGAAGAGGAAGUAGGGGCGUCUGUUGACUGAGUGUUGGUGGAUAAACCCCUCGACGAAGAUGAUGAUAAUGACCUGGGGGGGGGGUACUUUUCUCCCAAUUUCUUGGCUAUUCCUCGUAAAAGGUUUCUAACCUCUCCCUGUCUCUCUACUCGCUUACUUUGAGUUAUUCGGGCCAUCGGCCUGGACAUAGUAAAAUUAACGUAAAAAACUCAAUAGUACAGGUUAACAGAAAAAGAUUUAAUACAGGGCAGCAAUGCGUGCGCUUAGUGGCGUGGGAAGGCAGACAAUGACGCCCAGGCGCGAGCGUGCGAAAGCAGGCACGCCGUCCUAUCGAAAUUAAAGCUGCUAGCAUAUCAGCGUACGUUCACAUGAGUGCGCCCCUGGGAAACUUGCUGCUACGACCGCAGCCAAUCAAUCAGAGGCCAGCUUCAAUCGGGACGCGAGCACCGAGUCUCGUUUCGCAUGUCUUUACUAUCAGGGUGUAUGAGCCGACACGAGGGGGGCCUGUUCCGAGAAGCCUAGCUGUACAUAAAUGUCUGAUAGUAUAUGUAAAGUGAACCCAGCUCAAUCCUCAAGAACCAAAUUACUUUUCAAAAAACUGCAUACUUUUCCUGAGCGCCCAAAACGGUCGUAAUAGUGCGAGGUCCGUUUUGUGUCCCGUACCUCCAAAUGCCGCCCCGGCGAAAGUAGAAAUACUUCCCAAGGAUCGGUAUCUCACGCGCUUCUUCUGCUCCCGAUUAACUGAAAUGGAAUCCCCUAUGGUAAUUAGACCGCCGUUAUCGAUGAUGUCCACCAUGUGUCCCACAGUAAGUUGGGUGCAGGGACGGUUAUUUGCGCGCGAACUAGUUGUAGCGAUGGUAGACUUGUUCAGCGUCUACCGCACUCCUCUUUCACCUGACUGAGCCCGGUAUCAAGACGGAGGGAAGAAGAUCGGAUACUAGAUCGGCCUUACAGAGCUAAGCAGCCCGUUUAAGCGUGCUGCACCUGGUCCACACACGAUGUACCAGGUUUUCAUAGGAACAACGAAGGGGCGGCUCAGAUUCCAUAUAAAUGAGAGUGGCAUAGAUGCCAUAUUACAGCCUGACUCCAUCCUUAGGGGACCGAGUUUCCCCGUCAGUUGGCAGCCUUCCAAGCCACGGCUUUUAGCGCAUCGUGAUGUAUUCGAUCGCGUAAGGCUGUUAGUGAUGAUGAAAAUGCGCCGAGUGCCGUCGUGUCGCAGUCCUCAGAGUCGACAUCUCUCUAUUCCCUCUCCCAGGCACCAGUCCGCUUUCCGAUCCGGUCGGUCACCUGAUGCCGGCAUUGGGUGUAAGUUGCUGGAAAAUCUACACAGCCCGUCUGCGCCUGUCACACACGCCCUGUCUCCCACACAACACACUGGGUUCAGGGGUGGCCAUGUAGGCGUUUGCCGACAAAGUCAUCAUUACUUAAACCUACGCGAUAUUUUUGUUGUCGGUGCGAUGUCCGCUUAUGUCCAACCAAUUUGACUUUUUGAACCUAACAAAUGACCAUUUAGAUUGAAGUGCGUAAAUAGAAACCUUCUUGAGCAUCUGUCAAUUUGGUUGGUUUGCAGUACUUCGACUGAUUAGUCCCAGUAUUCAUUGGUGUUUUGGCAGAUUUUGAAUAAUCCAUAUUGACCCAAUUGUGAAAAACUCGGCGCCUCGGUGGGAUUCGAACCCACGCAGUAAGGGGAAGGCUUUAGCGCAGCCAACGCUCUAACCACCUGAGCUACGAGGCCCCGCCGGACUUCCGGUGCGUGUAGCCUCCAAGUUGGUAGCAUGAGCUAGCUUUCCCCGUACAGUUUGAAUCGUUAUUAACUAUUUAACACGUUAUGGCAUCCGCUGGUCCACAGAUCAUUUUGUGGCAGAACGGUUCCUUGUGGUUACUGGUUUCGAGGGUAGAUGGCGGAGGAAACCCUGAUGCAGUCUGGGCAUUCACCCCAUUUGUUUCCGAGCUCGUCCUCUCUUGUCUACGAUGUUGAAGCUUGUGCCAAUUUUCAUCGACCCGAUUUGAACUGAAGGAGGGCUUCAAUUAGGAGUAGUUUGCUUACAUUUUGGCUCGUUCGUAAUAGAGUGUAGGUCUUUGUCAGGAAAUAUUUAAACGUAAUGUCUUUACAUGCUCUUUUGCCAUAUUUCCAUUUUCAUUUCAGGCUGCUUCUUUAACCACAUCUCAAUCGUAUUUAACGUUCAUGCGCACCUGAAAUCCACGAUUUUCUUGUUUUGAUCAUAACUGAAGAAUCCAAGUGUCCACCAGAUGAUCCGAUUCAUUCUUAUUCAAAAUCGAGCUGGCAAGACCAGACUGGCCAAGUGGUACAUGAAUUUGGCCGAUGCUGAGAAACAGAAGCUCAUCGAAGAGGCGCACGCAUUAAUCACUGUACGCGAUGUAAAACAUACCAACUUCGUGGAGUUCCGCAACUACAAAAUUGUAUACCGACGUUAUGCGGGCCUCUACUUUUGUAUCUGCGUCGAUGUGAUGGACAACAGUCUGGCCCACUUGGAGGCCAUUCACAACUUCGUGGAAGUCUUAAAUGAACUUUUUCACAACGUUUGUGAACUUGAUUUAGUGUUUAAUUUCUACAAGGUUUACACUGUUGUUGAUGAGAUGUUCCUAGCCGGAGAAAUACGUGAAACCAGUCAGACAAAAGUUUUGAAGCAGCUGAUGCUCCUAUCGGCCCUUGAAUGA